AUGAGCGAGGCGCCGGAGACCAGCGCCGCCAGCCCUGCGCCCGCCGCGCCGCCCGUCCCGGCCGCGGCUGCCGCGCCGCCCGCGCCCGCCGUCCCGGACGCCGCUCCCAAGAGCCCCGCCAGCGCCGCCGCCCCGAGUGCGGCUGUUGCUGAGGCGGCCCCCGGCGCCGCCGCCGCAGCCACAACCACAACCGCGGCGGCCGCGUCGGCGAAGAAAGUGCUGGCCACCAAAGUUCUUGGCACAGUCAAGUGGUUCAAUGUCAGAAAUGGAUAUGGCUUUAUCAACAGAAAUGAUACCAAAGAAGAUGUGUUUGUUCAUCAGACGGCAAUAAAGAAAAACAAUCCACGGAAGUACCUGCGCAGCGUUGGUGAUGGAGAGACUGUAGAAUUUGAUGUGGUUGAGGGAGAGAAGGGUGCAGAGGCAGCCAAUGUCACUGGUCCAGAUGGAGUCCCCGUGGAAGGCAGCCGCUACGCUGCAGACCGGCGCCGCUACCGACGGGGCUACUUUGGCCGGCGCCGGGGCCCACCUCGGAGUGGUGCUGAGGGAGAAAUCAAGGAUGGGGUCACAGAAGGAGGACAACUUCAGCAAGUGCACAGGAAUCCUACCUACCGUCCCCGCUAUCGCAGAGGGCCCCCUCGCCCACGCCCUGCCCCGGCGACUGGAGAGGCUGAAAACAAGGAGAACCAUCACGAGGCCAGUGCCAUGAGCCAGCAGCCGCUGCGCCGCGGCUACCGGCGCCCCUACAACUACCGGCGCCGGCCGCGCCCAGCCAGCGCCCCGCCACAGGAGGGCAAGGAGGCAAAGACAACUGAAACACCUGCUGAAAAUCCUGCUCCAGUGACAGAGCAGAGUGGCGCUGAGUAAUGUCCGGCUCCCCAGGCACCUUUACCAUCACUCAGGUGUCCUAAAGUAUCACUCAAAAGUAACACCAAAAAAACACACAAGCAAUAAAUUGUCAACAGUGAUGAUGAAAGCAAAGAUUUGAAAUACCAAAAUGUAAAAGAAAAUUUACCAGCAGCUGAGAUCCAGGGAACGCCUACAAGACAGAUGCAUGAAGAGAGAAAGAGAGCGCGAUUCAGAAAGAACCACCUCCCUAGUUUUAACAGCAACUGUUGAGCUAUUUGAUUUUGGGGGUUUUUUUCCCUAGAAUUUCACUGUUUUGCUAGUAUUGAUUUUUUUCAAUUUUUCUUUUGGUAUCAAACUGAAAAGGGAAAAAACAAACAACCAAAGAACUAAAAUUGAAAUAAAAUGCUUUUUGUAUUGGAUGCUGGUGCUAAACCUCCCAAGUGUGAGUUUUUUUUCUGUGCCAGUCCUGUUCACUGCAGGACAUGGGGAGGACAAACUUCCGCUUUCCUUGUUAAGAUCUAUUUGAAACUGUGCAGCAUGGGUGACGUUCCUCACAAAUAAAAGUGAUUUCAACUACCAAAAAAAA